AUGGUGAGGGGCGCUGUGCGCAACAUGGAGCCCUGGAGAAACAAAGCCGCGGAGGAAGAAACGGUCGACGAGAGACUAGAUCGAUUGGAAUUGGAAGAGGCUGAAGCUGCUGGGGGAGAGGAGAAGAAUGCAAUGGCGGACCUUGAGGCUAAGAAUGCCGAUGCCAGGAGGGAAAUGGCCGCGGCAGACAUGUUGGAUGAGAUUCGACAACGGAAUGCAAGAAUACACCGGUCAGAGAAAGAGGGGACGGAUUACGCCGAUACUAUUGUGCGGGCCGAGGACGAGGAGCGCGCGAGGCAGGAGAAGGAGGACGAGGAAGCAGCAAAGAAGGCUUUCGCAGAUGCCCGGGCACGGAUAGAGACGCGGGUGGAUGGACUGGACGAUACUUCUAGCAGCGUCGGGAUGUCACAGCAACAAGCGAGUGUCGAUGGUGACUCUCCGAUAGUGCCUUUGGUUCCACCGCCUUCAUUUAAGCGGAUAGUGAAGAAGAAGAAGGACCAUUCAGCGCUGUUGGGUAUUAAGAAGAAGCCCACACUGCUUUGA